AUGCCUAUCUUUAAUGAAAAGCCAUUUACGUCAAUAACUGUCAAGAUCAAUCAGUUGUGUCAAGCAGGCAGAAACGAGGAAAUAGACGACACCUUGGAGUUGCAUUUGUCUAACUUGAUCGAGUUGAUCAAGGUGCAACCGCAAUCAGGUGCGUCGGAAGCAGCGCGCGCAAUAAGAAAGAAAAUCAAGUAUGGCGGCGCCGUGGAGGAGCAGUUGAGAGCAUUGAACAUUUUAGAGCUUCUUCUUUUGAACUCGGGCCACAAGAUUGGCCCGAUUAUAGCAAGAGACGAUAAGUUGGUUGAAGUGUUGAAAGGCGUCAUUAGUGGGCAUGGCAGAACUGGCACUGGUGGCGGCUAUGGUCCCAAAGUGGUCAAACGGGCCAUGAAUAUGGCAAUUGGGUGGAAGAGCGAGUUUGACGGUCUUGAUGGGUACAAGUACAUGCAACAGUUGCACAAGGCCAUCCCCAAGAAGCAGAGGAUACUUGAGCUGCUGAGCUCUCGUCGAGACAAGGAUAGACGUGAGCGAUCACAAAGCGACAGCGACAAUGACAGCGACGAUGGCAUUGACCCCUAUGAUGACGACUUUGCGUUAUCGGAACCUAAACUGAAGAGAGAAACUCGCUCGCUGCAAGCGCGCUCCCCCAAGGCGCCGCCACCUCGUCCUACAACUGCGUCGCCCUACUCGGUGAAUCUGAAAGACAGAUCAAGAAGGGAGGAGGAAAAGACAAAGAAGAAGCAGAAGAAGAAUAAGAGGUCAAAGAAUGGAAUCAUUUACGCCGACGAGCAAUACGGCAUUCCGCAGAUCAACUACAAAAAAGAAGCUCCCAAGAUUGAGAAAUUGUUGAGCGAUGCCAAUGCCCAAUGUAUCCAAUUAGACAACAAAUUGCAGCAUGUCGUGUCACCAGGGAACGAUGCCGCUACGUUGGAAAUUUUCGAAGCUUGUAAACAGAGCAGAAGAAAAGUGCUCAAGUAUCUCCAGUUUGUCGGUGCUGGCGACCCAACGGGGAAAUCCCGAGAAGUGGUGGAGAUGGAUGAGAAAUAUUUGGCUCGCUUGAUACGUGCCAAUGAAGAUUUGGUUGAGACGUUCAAGAAGUUCGACACGAGAGCUGGAAGACAUUUGAAUACUGCACCGGACGUUGAUGAUGGAGACGGGGAAGAAUGGAGCGAAUCGGACGAGAGCUAUUACUCGUCGGAAGAAGAAGAAGAGUCGAUUAUUGGAGAUGAUCUGAUUGCGUCGAGGUUACAGGCUGCCACCAUGGAUGAGCCAAAGCGUGCCGCACCGCCACCACCUCCAACCACCAUCACCACAACAACAAAUCUGGGGGAUAAAAGCUUACAAAGUGGGUUCCAAGCGAAACCCAAGCUAGAUAAAACAGAGACUAAUGACUCCUUCGGCGGAGAUCCAUUCGGAGACACUAACGAAGUCUAA